UUUUAUUCUUAUCGUUUUGCGAUGUGAAACUUAUUUUUUUUUAAAGACGAAUUUGUUAUACCUAAGUUUAUUUCAUGUCAAUAUCGAAAUCUUUUUAUAUUGUGUGAAUUUAAGUUAGGAAACUAGUCAUUUGAAAAUAAAGUGAUAUGGAGAAAAUGCCAUGUUAUAGUAUUUUAUUAGUUUUUAUAUUUGCGAUUAUAUACGUUAAGACUGAUGAAGAGGCUUCGUCGCAUAUGUCGAAGACAGAGAGAAUAAGCUUGAGAGAGGAAUCACGUCAGAUGUUCUAUCAUGCAUAUGACGCAUAUAUGGAUAAUGCAUACCCAGCUGAUGAAUUAAUGCCCCUAAGCUGCAAAGGAAGAUGGAGAGGUGUUACUCCGAGCCGUGGGGAUAUGGACGAUGUACUUGGAAACUUUUCAUUGACGCUCGUCGACAGCUUAGACACAUUGGUCGUGAUGGGUGACUUUGCCGAAUUCAGUCGAGCAAUCAAGCUGGUGAUCAACGACGUUACAUUCGACCAUGACAUUGUCGUGUCCGUAUUCGAAACAAACAUUCGGAUGCUUGGAGGGUUACUGUCAGCUCAUGUGUUAGCUGAAGCACUGAAAGGCGAUGUUCCCGUUUUGGAAUGGUACGGCGGUGAAUUGUUAGCAAUGGCCGAAGAUCUAGGUCGGCGACUGCUACCAGCGUUCAAUACUUCCACUGGAAUUCCGCAUGGAAGAAUAAACCUACGACACGGUAUUCGCGGUUUGUCGGAGUCGCGAGAGACAUGUACCGCGUGCGCUGGUACGAUGAUCCUAGAAAUGGCGGCCUUAUCCCGUCUAAGUGGUAAUCCUGUAUUCGAACAGAAGGCUCACAAGGCUAUGGAUCGACUAUGGAAAAUUCGGCAUAGGACUUCGGAUCUGAUGGGCACAGUUAUAAAUAUUCACAACGGAGACUGGGUAAGGAAGGAUUCAGGUGUCGGAGCAGGCAUCGAUUCUUACUAUGAAUACUGCCUCAAAGCCUACAUCCUUCUCGGAGACGAAAAAUACCUGGCCAGAUUUAUCAGACACUACAAUGCUGUCAUGAAAUACAUAAGUAGGGGUCCCAUUAUGCUGGCUGUUCAUAUGCAUAGACCACACCUUCAAUCGCGUAAUUUCAUGGACGCCUUACUCGCCUUCUGGCCGGGGCUGCAGGUUUUACUUGGUGACGUACGUCCAGCUGUUGAAACACAUGAAAUGUUGUAUCAAGUGAUGCAAAGGCAUACGUUCAUACCGGAGGCAUUUACUUCUGACUUCCAGGUCCACUGGGGUCAACACCCACUCCGUCCAGAGUUCCUAGAAUCAACUUAUUUUCUUCACCGCGCAACUGGAGACGAUCAUUACCUACAAGUCGGUAAAACGGUCCUGAGAGCACUUCAAGUUCAUACGAAGGUGCCCUGCGGUUACGCCGCGGUCAACGACGUAAGAACUAGAGUGCACGAAGAUAGAAUGGAUUCGUUCGUAAUCGCCGAGACGUUCAAGUACUUAUACAUGCUGUUCGGAGAGGACAAAGACUUGCCAGUGAAAUUAGAAGACUACGUUCUCACCACCGAGGCCCAUUUCUUGCCGCUAUCUCUGGCCACAGAUGGGAAGAAUGGAUCCUAUAUGACUAUAAAGAUUGACGACGAAGACGACGAUAAAUAUAAACGAACAUGUCCGAACACAGCAUCUCUUGUGGCUGAGAAGGUUCGUCAGCCUAUGAGACAGAUGCUUGGGUCUAAAGCUGCGAGACCGCCCGCGAGACUCCGACCCCUAAACGACCCGCGACAGAUACACGCACUAUCCGACAUGGGCAUAUCCGUACUUACAUUGCCAGAUGGCAGAGUGCAGUUGCUCUAUACAGUUAACACGGCGAAAUCAGCUAAAGACGCAGCAGAGGGCCUGAAUUUCAUGCGUGAGAUGUCAAAGUUUAAUUCACUAAGCGAUACCGAAAAUGGCGUAGUAGCCGCCGGUAUUAAGAUCAACAAUAAAAUAUUCCCAGCUGGACCGGGACACUUUGGCAAAGAUCUAACGGGAUCUACUAUGUAUUCAGGAAAUCCAGCUUUCGCAAUACCGAUAGACGCUUGCACCGCCAUCGAGAAUAGUAAGGAUGUAGCAGGAAAGUUCGUUAUAGCAACGCGAGGUGACUGCACAUUCGCUCAGAAAGUUCGAUACAUUCAAGAAGCUGGCGCUACGCUUGCUAUUAUAUUGGACAAUGUUAAAGGUUCCUCUCAUGAGACGACGGCUCUUUUCGCCAUGUCCGGCGACGGCAAAGACGACAUCGAAAUUCCCGCCAUUUUUCUUUUCUCGCGAGAAGGCUUGUACUUAACAGCUUCCAUGCAGCAGAAUCCUGAGCUUGUCGUUACUGUAGGUGAGCUGAGGUCUCUUAAACAGCAGUACGAGGUUGGUUGUGACAAUGGAAACUGUGAACCAGUUACCGAUGCUGUACCAAGCGACAAGGAAUCGUUCGACCAUCUCAAGAAAGUACUUAGCCAAAUUGUCGCCCAAUUCGAACUAUCAUUGUCAAACGAAGCAACGUCGCAAAAAUCUUGUAGUGAGGAACCGAAGGAUUUGUUAGUAUCCAAAGAUAAUAAAUUUGUGAACGAAGAAGUUCGUAGUCACAAGGUUUGCACGAACGGCUGCGACGAAGACGAACGUAGCAGCGAAACUGUCGACGUAUACACGACUCCUCCCAAUACAAACAAAUUUGGUGAUAUCUGACCCGACCCGAGGGCUCUGUACAAGGAUGUUUUGUAUAUAAAUUGACAAAGUUUAUUGUAUAAAAUUGUACAUAUUAUGUAAGGUAUACGUUGAGGAGAUUUCGUGCCUUGUACAACGACUCAGCCACGAUUUUUUAUGUAUAUGCAGUCUACAUGGGUUUGUAUCAUAUAUAACAUUAUAUAUUGAAGACGUCAAAUGACUAAUGAAUACUCAUGAUGUCAUAAAUUAUUAAGUAGAAAUAUUUGAAAUAAAUUUUUAAGUAAAAAUA